CACCUAAUGUGGGUUCUAACCUCACUUUAAUGGCGUGUUCUUCGCUAUCACGUGUGAUUCAUUUCUCAACUUUAAUUUUAGCGAAAAUUGCUGAUUACGGCUAAAAUAAAGUUUUAAAAAUGGCCACUUCCCUGAGUGAACAAUUGAAACGUCUGGCGCUCCCUCAAACCGCCCUUCUACAAAGAGACAAGAAGAAGCCGUCGUUGCUUUUUGAACCUAAAGAAGCGGCUGGACUGAAGCGAGAAACCGUUUACCAGAUAGGGCUCGAUGGGUUAGAAGAACUAAUCACCAAAGAUCAAUCCUUCGAGCAAUUUAAAAACACCCUGUUUCACAUCUCGUCAAAGAAGUUUGAACGUGCUGUAGAGACAGCCGAAAGCAACAAAAAACUAGAUAAAGUCAUCAGGAAGUUUCUCCUACAACUAUCUCCCUACUUUUUGUUGAAUUGUUCCCAUAAGGCAUUGGAGUGGCUCAUUAACAGGUACUACAUUCAUGAAUACAACCGAGAAGAGUUAUUAAUGACGAUAAUGCCCUAUCACGAGUCCAACAUCUUCGUCCGCGUGAUCCAACUGAUGAAAUUCAAAGACCAGAACGACAGUUGGUUUUUCUUAAAAUCGUUGCAAAAAUCCGGUGUGCAUCUAACCAAACAGAGUCUGCUCACCCAUGCAGCAAGCGACGUCUACUUUCUAAAAUUUGUGGGAAAGUUUAUCACUCUCUUAAUUAAGCAGUUUGAGAAACCGUCGCUUCUGACUGUCGCUUUUAAUUUCUACUGCGCUGUUUAUGCGGGCGCUAUUGAGUACUCGGCUGAGUUGAACGAGGCGCAGAUCACCCAGAUGCUGCCGGCGCUUCUCAGAGGGCUGAAUUCCGACAUUCCGGAUUACUGCGCUGCGUCGUACAUUAUUUUGGGGCGGUUGGUUUUGAAGACGCCGUUGACGGACGUGAUUUUGAAUAAGUUCGUUGAGAAGGUGGCUGAUGCUAAAGUGGAGAAUUUGAAGACUGAGACGGUUUUGGUUUUGUUGGUUUUGUAUCAGUCGCAGCCGCACUAUAAUGGGGUUCCUGAGGAGGCGUGUGGCAGUUUGGUGGGGAAGGAGUGGCUGGCGAAGGUGUUGCAGGAGUUGAGUAAGGAGAAGUACCAUGUGGCGCCGUUUUUGAAGGCGUUGGUGAAGGGGUGUGUUUAUGGGGGUGUGAAGAUGGACCAGGAAGGGCAUAGGGAGUUUUUGAAGAAGUUGCUUGCGGCGGUGAAGUUUGAUAACGAAUUUGUGGAAACGUUUUUGAGCCUCCUACUUGACAACACUAAAUCCAAGAAACAAUACCCCGACCACAUCAAGAAAUGGCUAACCGACAUCAUCACCACCAUCGAACGCCAAUACCCCGACCAAUUCGACAACCAAGUCUACAAAAUCCUGUCCACCACCCUUCAAGGCAAAUUCAUCAAAAGACGCCAAUCCCUCCAGAAAAUCCUCAAAGAAACCAUGACCGUCCGCUGCAAAUUCGACGUUCUAGACAAACUCUACCACCCAAACCCGACCUUCCGACGCGAAGCGAUCCGUUACUUAACCAGCAACUACAACUCGCUCAGAGACCGCGAAAAAGAAAUGAUCAAAAGCUCCUUCGUCGACCGCUUGAACGACGACGACGUCACCGUAGUCGCCGAAACCUUGGCCCUAAUCAAGAACAUUUCGGUCCUGAAAGUCGACGCUUUGAAGGGUGUUCUAACCAAGUUGACUUACAAGUGUCAACAGGACUUGAAAACCUGGGGAUCCGUGUCAACCGAGGUGGUUUUAAUGCUGUGUGCGAACAGCGACCCGAACGACUGGGAGACUUUCGUUGCCGUUUUUCCGUAUUUGUUGCCACAGAAUGAGGAGCAGCUGGAGGCGGCGCGAGGAAUCACGCAGGUUUCGUUCGUUAGAAAGAAUUCUCUGUUGAGGAAGAUCAACGGGAAGUUGGAGGAGUGCGAGAAGUUCUGUAACAACGUUUUUGAUAGCUUGAGGAAUGAUAGCAUCGAGGUGGUUGAAAGCUUUGUGGAGAGUUUGAAGCAAACACCGAUGGAAGAGAGAUCUGUUUUGAAUAAGUACUUGGUGACGUUGAUUUUGAGUUGUAUUUUACCGAAUAAUAGCUCGAUUGAGACGAAUGUGGAGAUCGUGGCUAUAUUUGUCAAGUGUUUGGAGGGGUGUGAAAUUAGGUAUGAGAAGGGUAACGCUUUGUUUUAUAAGCACGUGGCGGUGGCCCGUGCUGGUCGUUUCCAUAUUGAAGCAUUCCUUUUGUGUUUGAAGAAUGUGAUAGUGAAGACGAAGAAACCCGAUAUUGAUUUAGGUCGUGUCGAUUUUCACGAAGAUAGCGCUUUUAGUAGGUACUUUAUCACUUUGGCUGACGCUCUCUUCAGAAACUCUCCAAACCACAAGAAAUAUUGUUUGUUUUUCGUCAACUAUUUUUGCAAGAGUUUGAGGAGCAAACUUGAGUUUACUUUGAAUCUAGUGAGUUGUGGUAGAUGCGCAAGCGCAGAGCUUCCCUCAGAGUGUGUAGAUUUGAUAGUGAGGUUGUUGGAACCGAGCAAAUGCUCUCUUUUAACCGAUGGCGAAAUUCUGCUUCCGUUUGUGCUAGCAAUGUUGCUUCACGAAUCUGAAACCAUCAAGACCAAGAUGUUCAAAGUCGUGGAACUCCUAACACAAUUGGAAAAACACGGCUACCAACACCUAUUUCGCGAAUUGUUGAACCAACGUGAAGAAAUCAUCACCGACAAUGAUCAACUACCCCUAAUUUUGUACAAUUAUUUGUCUCCUUCGAGCGACAAAAAUGAGAAGGUUGUGACAAACACCGAAAUCGCGAAGACCCUUCUAGUCAAAGCCAGUUGCAAAGAGAACUAUCCUGUCUACCUGAAAGCCAAAAUGCUAGAGCUCCUAUCGCAUAUCAACACGGUUGACAUCUUCCAAGACGUCGCAGAAGACUGUCUAAACUUGCUCAAAACGGAGUCCACCAGACUAGACGAAACCCAGUCUGCUGUGAUUCUUAGAAACAUAAUGCGUUGCCAGCCGGAUUUGGCUCCAGAGAUUCGUUUGGACAGUAGCAUCUGGAGGUUCAUUGAUUCUUGUGUCAAGAAAGAUAACUUGACUUUGACUAUCAACGGCAAGAAUAAGUUUGCAGCAAUUUUACUACUGGAGCAAAUCACUAAAGACUUCUUCGCUUCGUUGACAGACGAAGUUCAACUUAAACUCUUAGAUUUGGUUGUGGAAGUGGCUACAGUCACCAGAAACCCCGAAAUUCUGCCAAGCGUGAGGCACCUCGUCAAGAUCAUCGAUCUAGACUCUAAAUUGAUUCUUCCUCAUUUUACCGCGUUGAGAGAUGUUCAGUCUCCGAAGCUCGACCCUAACAAGUUAAAGAGGCGCAUUUCAGUAGUACCGACGACAGAUAUUUUGGACACUCUUGAAUGGCGGAAGGGUUUGACGGCUUUGGAGUUCAUUCAAGACAAGAAGAAGAUUAGGAAUAUUGAUGUGUUGUUGCCGGUGUUGUUCGAAGUUUUGAAGAAGUGUCUGGAUUUUGACGAACAGGCAGCCGUUGAGUACCCCAAACAGCUGAUUCUAACCUCAAUUCUCGAUUUGGGUAACCGAAUGGAUACUAAGAAUCUAUCUGAAACUAUGUUCAACAUGGAGUUGAUAGUACAAUGUAUUAGGGCGUCGCAGAAUCCGCAGACGCACUAUUGUGCUCUUUUAGUGUUGGCGUUUUCGGCUGAGCUCUUCCCGACUCAAGUUUUACACAACAUCAUGGCGAUUUUUACCUUCAUGGGGUCUUCGUUGUUGCGCCAUGAAGAUGCGUACAGUUUCCAGAUUAUAUCGAGGAUUAUAGACACUAUUAUACCGAUUUUGGUUAAAGAUGGAGAUGUGGAAACUAUAUCUAGGGUACUACGAGUCUUCGUGGAUGUUCUAUUAGAUGUACCGGAGCACCGAAGGAUGCCGAUAUACGAACAACUGUUGACGAAAAUCGGAGUCAGUGAACAUCUGUAUGUCUUUCUGCUUCUGAUUUUUGAGUCUCACGUCAAUCACACCAGACAGAAGAAUAAAGACGACGACAUGAAACGACUAGAAAUAGCCGCUAGUGUUUGUCGUGAGUUUUCUCCAAAAGUAGUCAUCCAGAAUUGCAUCCAUUUGUUGAAAUAUUUGAAGGAGUUGCCUGACGAAGUGGAAACAGAUAACACCACUUCUGGGUUCGGAAUUUUGUACAAAACCCCCAAACAGUUCCGUCACUUCAAAUAUACUUUGAUCGUGUUUACGUCGAAGUUGUUAGCUUCUAAGGAGUUUGUUCUACAAGUUGCGGCCCUAACUAACGAGGAGUUGCUAGACCUGGAGCCUCUAUACAAAGAUACAAUCAUAAACGUACUAACUUAUAUCCAUAGAGUGUCAAAAAUCGCUGAAAAAAAUGCAACUACUACGCAUGCAAAGUACUGGAAGGUUAUUCUUCACCUCAGCUACGAUAUCCUUGAUAGUGUGAACGCGAUUUUAACACCACAAAUGUUCGUCUUGGUCGUUAAAGGCUUGAUGGUUCAUAAUUUCGCCACGGUACGAAGACGCAGCAUGGAGCUCUUGAAUUCCAAAGUUCAACACACUCCAACUUUCUUCAGUGAGUGCGCUUCUGAAGAAAUCUAUGUGUUGGUACCACCCUUGCUCUCCAUCAUCAGAAACGUCGAAGAAAUACCGAUGGACAACGAAGAAGAGUUGAAUGUUCAAACUGCUCUUCUCUCACUCAAACUUCUGGUGAAAUUAUUAGUGGCAGAACAUACCGAAAAACUGACCGAAAUUCUGGACUACCUGACCGACUUGAUCAAAAGAGGCAAAGUCCAAAACAACGUUUUAGCGUCAGUUUUGUUGUGCAUAGCUGAACUUUGUGCAAACUUGCGUGCACAUGCCAUUCCAAGUCUUCCGAACUUCAUGCCGGCGUUGUUGAAGAUUCUGAAGCAGCAGAAAAAUCAAGAAUCCAGUCUUCUGCUUUUAAGUUCAGUUACGGCAGUCCAGAAGGUGUUAGAAACGUUGCCGCUUUUCCUCAGUCCGUAUUUAGAGAAGUUGCUUUACGAACUAGCCGUGCUAGCUACCAAAUGGGGUGAUGAAGAAAAAACACAACCAGUGGUGAACAAACUUUCCACUUUGCGCCAACAAAUCGGCACUUCUAUACCCCCAAGAGUCCUAAUACCAGCAUUGAGCCAAAGCUACAACCACCUCAUCACCAAGAACUCCUUCACCGCCAUCACCUUCCUAAUGGAAGUACUAGGAGAAAAUCUGAACCACCUCAGCGGUUCCGAAAUCAACGCAAACCUACCCGAACUCACCAGCUUCUUCCUAAACGCUCUGCAAUUCCGGACCGACCAUGGCACUUCUUUCGAACAAGCCAACGAAGUCGAAGCCGAAAUAAUCACAGCUCUAAGUAAACUGGUGCUCAAGUUGUCCGAAAGCACGUUCAAGCCUCUAUACUACAAACUCUUCGACUGGGCUGCUAGACACGACCAGAAGACUGAAAGACUGAUUACGUUUUACGCUUUGUCCAGCAGCAUUGCCGAGUCUUUGAAGAGCCUCUUCGUCCUUUUCGCCGGUCAUUUCCUCAACAACGCCGCCCAGAUUUUGGACGCUUGUAACACCGUCAAAAACGAAACGUCGUAUUUCGGUGAAGAAAACAAGGACGUUUUGUUGUUGGAGAACGUCUUGAAGACUCUUCAUGCGGUGUUUUUGUACGACAACCACAAGUUCGUGAAUAAGGAUAGGUUUCAGGUUUUGAUGCAACCUUUGGUUGACCAGUUGGAGAAUAGCUUGGGCGGGGUUGAGUGUCUUGAAAGGAGGAACGAGGAGGUGGUUACGCCAGCGAUUGUGCAGUUUGCUGUAGCCACAGCCGACGAUUCGUUGUGGAAGCAGCUGAAUUAUCAGAUUUUGCUCAAAAUGAAGCACAAUUCGCCCAGUAUUAGGCUGAUUUCGUUGCAUUGUUUGAAGGAGAUGGUGCAGAAGUUGGGCGUGGAUUAUUUACCUUUGUUGCCGGAGACUAUUCCGGUUUUGGCGGAGCUGCUGGAGGAUGAGGAGGAAAGUGUGGAGAAGGCGUGCAGGAAGGCUGUGCAAGAAAUGGAGAAGAUUUUAGGGGAACCAAUAGAAAAAUAUUUUAAAAUGUAGUUAGAUGCAUUUUUUAUUUAAAUAUAAAUUGUUACGCAUCAUGGGUUUUUAAAAAUAGUAAAUUAUAUAAUAAAUUAUUAUUAAAUUUGA